AUGGCUUCAUAUUUGACUGUGGGCGGGCCCAGCGCCAGUAGCUCAGAAUCUAACCGUGGUCCACGAAGGAAAUCAAGUCGAACAAUUAAAGAACAGAACCUGCCUCAUGGUCAAGCAUCUUGGAUUAGUAGCAAUGUCAAUCUUCUUAACACUAUCGUUGGCGCUGGUACGCUUGCCAUGCCCCUAGCGAUGUCACAUAUGGGAAUCCUACUCGGAACAUUCGUUAUAAUAUGGUCGGGUAUGAUGGCUGCUUUUGGGUUAUAUUUACAAUCUCGAUGUGCGAGAUAUCUUGAUAGGGGGACGGCUUCUUUUUUCGCUUUAUCCCAAAUCACCUACCCAAAUGCAGCAGUCAUUUUCGAUGCGGCGAUUGCCAUCAAAUGCUUCGGUGUGGGUGUCAGUUACUUGAUCAUUAUAGGUGAUCUGAUGCCAGGAGUUGCGACUGGUUUCAGUCAGGGAGCAGAAUCUAUGCCAAUUCUUAUGGAUCGAAAGUUUUGGAUAACAGUCUUCAUGUUUGUUGUUAUUCCACUCUCAUAUUUAAGACGUUUGGAUUCUUUGAAGUAUACUAGUAUUAUUGCUCUGGUUUCUAUUGGAUAUCUUGUCAUUCUCGUAGUAUACCACUUUGUUAAAGGAGAUACUAUGGCAGACCGGGGUCCAAUUAGAGGAGUUGAGUGGGCAGGAAUAGUCCCAACGUUACAAAGUUUUCCCGUCAUCGUCUUUGCUUAUACUUGUCACCAGAAUAUGUUCUCUAUUCUGAAUGAAAUCAAAGAUAACUCACCCAAGCGAACUACAGGUGUUGUUGCGGCAAGUAUUGGAAGUGCUGCUUCUAUAUAUGUUUUGGUCGCUAUCACCGGAUACCUAUCUUUUGGUAACGCUGUGAAGGGAAACAUUGUUGGAAUGUAUAUUCCAUCUACUGCUUCAACAAUCGCUAAAGCAGCUAUUGUGAUUCUUGUCAUGUUCUCAUAUCCACUUCAAGUACAUCCUUGUAGAGCAUCAGUUGAUGCAGUCUUGAAGUGGCGUCCAAACUCCUGGAAGAGAAGUCAUUCGCCUACUGGUUCGCCUGCACGCUCUGCUCCUUUACUCUCUGGUGGUCGUGUACGACCAGCUGCAAGAAACGAUACUAUCAGUGAAACACGAUUUGCAAUUAUCACCACGAUUAUCAUUGCCCUUAGCUAUUUUACAGCAGUUACUGUAUCAUCACUCGAUAAAGUCCUCGCAUAUGUUGGAAGUACAGGAAGUACAAGUAUUAGUUUCAUUUUACCAGGUUUAUUUUACUACAAGAUUUCCUCAUCAGAUUCGAUCCAUCACCAGCGAUUAACAAAAGAAGAUGACGAAACAGAUUCUGAUGAAGAUGAGGAGGAAGGUCAAGGUUUACUUGGUCAAUCCAUCAAGAAGAUCACUUGGCGUAAAACCAUCUUACGAAAGCUUUCGUUGGCAUUGGCUAUCUAUGGUCUUUGUGUGUUGGUCAUUUGUUUAACGACCAAUCUAUUCUUCACAGCCCAGGGGCAUUAA